AUGUUGAUGAGAGAGUUUCUGAAAAACCCAGAGUUUUACGAGCCAGCGAUCUUUCAACGGGGAUCUUUAGCUGUCAACCGGAUGUCCUUUGACUUCGGCAUCCCUAAAUCCCAAUACAGGAACGCGAGUUUUGUGGACAACUACAUUAAAAUGGUGGACGAACAUAUGGAAUUUGUUUUGGUUGCUGAUCAUUUUGACGCGUCUCUGGUGAUUUUAAAACGAAAACUCUGUUGGUCAACUAAAGAUAUUCUGUAUGAAAUACAACAUAAGGGUAUGAAGCAAAAACCCGCCAUUCCUGAAGAUAUCAGACAACGCUUGAAAAAUCUUUCUCCAUCAGACUUUCAGCUUUACGAUUACUUUAGUAGGAAGUUUCAGCGAAUAGCGCAAGCUGAGCUUAACUUGUCGGAAGAGGUGAGCAUUUUCCAAGAAACAUUGAAAAAUGUGACUAGGUUCUGUGGCGCUCUGAGCAAAAGUGGACCUCAGUUCAAGCACUUUGAAAAGACGCAAUUUUCCCACGAAUUUAACAUCACUAAGUUGGACUGUGAUUAUCUUAGUUUUAAAGAAGAAGUAUUCAUAAAAUUGCUGUGGAAAAAUCAGGCGAUAUAA